GGUGGGGCUGUGGGGGUGAUCCGCCCUGACCCGCGCUGCUCCUGCCGACUCACUCCUACCAGCUGCUCAGCUGCCCUGAGUCCUGCCGCGCCAACUGCCGCCCCCUCCCCCUCCCCAGAUCGUCACCUUCCUCCCCUGGCUGCUGGUGAGCUGCGGGCGCCUGGAGCCGCGGCACCUGCUGGCCAUCGCCUCCAGCCGCUCGCUGGGGGCGCUGCUGGAGCUGACGCUGACGGCAGCAGCAGCAGCAGGGGGGGAGGGGGCAGGGGGGCAGCAGCAGCCAUCACAAGCACAGCAGCUGCAGCAGCAGGACGUUUCAAGGCAGCAGCAGCAGCAGGGGGUAGUGGACACACGCAAUGGUGGUAGCAUCGGCAGUAGCAGUGCCAGUGCUGCCAGCAGCAGCAGCAGCAGGGGGCCCAGCAGCAGCAGGUGGUACCUGGGGGUGAAGGGCAGUGAUGUGGUGCUGCAUGCGUCGGACGCGGGGCGAGUGUCGUACCUGGCGCUGGCGGCGGCCGCAGCGGCGGCGGGUGGUGGCAGCGGCGGCGCCAAGGCCGCGGAUCGCAACGAUGGCGCCCUGCCACCCGCGGCAGCAGCUGCGACGCCGCCACCCCCCGGCUCCGCCGCCGCCACAGCGGCGUUACUGGACGCGGCGGUUCGGGAUUCGUGCUCCUCCGCCGCCGCUAGCAGCCGCAGAGGCAGCGGUGAGGGCGCUGCCGCCAGUGACGGCGGCGGCAGUGGUACUGGUGCCAACGGAUUCAACGGCCGUAGCGCCUCGCCCAACACCAGCCGCCCCCAUACCGCUGGCAGCAGCACCCUCGCGCUGCUGAACCGCAGCAUCUUCCUCAACCUCCGCCCCAACGUCCCCCCGCCCUCCGCAAGUACCGGCUCCUCACCUGCCCCUCCCUGCAUCGCCACCUCCACCGCCUCCUCCUCCUCCUCCUCGCAGCACCCCCAGCACCCUAACCACCACCACCCUCCGCCCCCGCCACCCCACCAGUACGACCCGGCGCGGGUGCGCCACCUGCUUCACGCCGCUGCCACGCUGCAGCGCCUGGCCUUCCGCCGGCAGGGGCGCAUGGCUCGGGCGGCGGCUGCGGGCAGGCGGGCGGAGGCGUGCUGCGUGCUGGUGCAGUGCGAGUGCGAGGGGGGUGAGGGAGGUGCGGGAGCGGGAGGCGGCUGCAUGGCCGGGGUCCUGGAGGCGGAUGUGGCGGUGCUGCUGGCGGGCUGGCUGCACUGGUAUGGAAGGCUGCCGCUGCAGGAGGCUAUGCUAGCUGCGGAAACCGCCAUGGGGGUCACCGUGGACCAGGGCCUGCUUGAGGCGGGCACCUCCGCCCUGCUGGCGGGCGCCCGCGAGCGGUGCAGCCGGGUGGUGCUGACGUGGAAGUACGGCGGGCUGAGUGCGCAGGUGGCGGGGGACGUGGUGGGCAGCUGGGCGGCCAGGGUGCCCAUGGUGCGGUGCAGGAGCCCGCUGGGAUGCCGGGGCGACACGCACCCGGGCCACUUCUUCCUGGAGGUGCAGGGCCUGCGCCCCGGCACCUACACCUACAAGUACAUCGUGGACGGCAGCUGGGCGGUGGACGGGCUGAGCGCGCAGGUGGUGGACGCGGCGGGCAACGCGAACAACGUGCUGGUGGUGCCGGAGCCGCCGCAGGUGCUGACGAGUCGUGAGGGCCUGGCGCUGGCUCGCUGGCAGGCGGGUCGGCUGGCGCUGGAGAACAAGAUGGGGCUGGCGGGCCGCUGGGGGGUGCAGCGGCCCGGGUGAGGGGAGGAGGAGGAGGAGGAGGAGGAGGAGGAGGAGGCAAGCACGGUGCAGAGCUGCAGGAUUGAGGGGGAGGGGAGGGGCGCAACGGCCCCACGUGCGGCAAGCUGAGAACGGCAUCAUAGGCAGCGGGAGGGAAUUAGAAAAGAAGGAACCCAACCCAGGGUCCCCAGCGCCCGGAACCCAACCCAGACACCGCCGGACUGUCACACGACGACCGUACCGCCCGCCGCACCCGGGGCCUGCGCGGACCGGCGGAGGGAACCAUGUAACACCCACCAUGGGUGGGGCACCAUGGUACGUGGGCUGAACUGAGAGCUGUAACCCGCGGGGGUAGAAGAGUGCAGAGACACUGACGGAGCAACUGACGAGCUGUAUGACAAGGCUUAAGAGGUGUGUAAUAAACGGCUUCCAAGGAUUACAGCUGGGGCGAUAUUACAUCUGUCAGGAUAGCUGAGGGGGUAGCCGUGUAGCGUUAAAUUGUUCUUGUCAGCGUGUUUUACUGUUGGUGCCCGGAGGGGGAGAGGGGUUUGGUGGCCAGGAUCCCACAGAACAUCCAUGGCUGCAUGGCAUCCGUGCCCACAGACUAAAACCUAGGCCGAGCAAAACUCUAGCAUGAGGAUCCGUAUGGUUGUCGUGCAGUUGCGCUUCUGUGUGCAGUCAUUAGGUAGAAAUUAAUAGGCUGCGCUACUGCCUCUCCUGUUGUCCCUUUUUGGGGCUUUGGUGCCUAUAAUCCGCCUUUUGGCUUCUUUGGUCCUUGUUCCUGCUGGCCUCUUUUACAUUUGUUUUGCGGUCUGCUCCGUUACUAUUGCAGUAUAGGGUUGGGUUCAACACCCCUGUAACGGCCGUGCAUCCACAUCCAAGCCCUAAAAUGCAACCACGCCGCCAACGCAUUUGGCACAGUACUGGGUACGUGCCACCAACGUGGACGUUGAAACAGUGUCGUAUGGGACGAGCGUCAACACCACACCGGUCAUGCAGUCGCCCAUUGCUCCCCAGCGCAUUGGUAACGGCACAACCCUGCGGAUGAAACCCCCACAGCUAUGAAGGGCGCCAUUGUAGCUAGUGUACAACAGGGCUCUUCGCAAUAUCCAUGCGCGCAUCAGCUUGACUGUUGCAU